CGUAAGCCAUGUGCAUCUUGACGGAAACGUGUCGCCAUUAUGCCAAACUUCAUCCUAAAAUGUUCGUGAACAUAGGACAUCCGCUAUCGGUGCUUUUGGUAUUGGUGGGCACCGCUUUCUUCUUCUCACUGCAAAUGUUCUACGUGGUGCCCAAUAUAUUCGGAGCCGAUUCGUUAAUGAACAAACUGGGCUGGCUAGCGGGCAUCUUUGUGACGUACAAUAUCCUUGGCAACAUGCUGGCAUGCUACCUCACGAGUUCUUCGGUGGAGAGUCUGCCCAAGGGUCGUGAGUUUCCGGAACCCGAGGAGGAGCACCUGUGGCGUUAUUGCGAAGUCUGUGAGAAGCUGAUGCCACCGAGAUCCUGGCACUGUGCUUUGUGCAAGUGCUGCAUGCUGAAGCGAGAUCACCACUGCGCCUUCACGGCUAACUGCAUCGGACACAAUAAUCACCGAUAUUUCUUCUGGUUCAUCUUCUAUUUGACCCUUGGAACAUCCUUGAGCAUGGUCACCUUACUAAUUGAUGGGCUGAGAAAAGUCUGGCUCUUGGGACCCCUUCAUUCCAAUCUAAAGGCGCUUUUAUUAGCUACUGCUACUCAGAAAAUAGAAAUAUACGGUAUUUACGGGCACUACCUUCUCGUGCUACUCAACGCUUUAGCUUUCGGCUUUCCUGCCCUCAUGCUGGCAUUUCAAAUACAGAUCAUGGACUCGAAUGCCACGUACUACAAGAUGUUCAGUCGGCUCUACGAUCUGGGUUUCCGAAAGAACUGCCAGCUUAUUUUGGGCCAGCGAGGCCUCUGGACUUUCGUAUCGCCCUGGCUGAAGAGUCCUUUGCCACACGACGGCAGCCGGUGGCAGAUGAAGCAGGCCGCCUAAUUUAUUCGAUAG